AAUUUGUAGUACAUGAAAAUUUAACAGUACAAUUUUUGUCAGUCAAUUCAAUAAACGACUCAAACUGUAUAAUCCCGUCCAAUAUAGCAAAAUAAUGUUUGCCGCAUACAAAAUAUCUUUAUUCUUUGGUGUUGUUGUUUGCUUAUUAGCACAACAAAUUUCAGCAGAUCACGUCAAAAUGUGCGUUGAAAAAGUUUCUGAACAAAAAAAAUGUGAAACAAUGGCUGAAAAAGUUAAAGAUUUUGUUAAAUUAGAAUGUGUAACAGAUGCACCAUGCACAGAAGUUGUUUACAAUGAUAAAGCUGAUUAUACUGUUGUUAAUGCUGAUGCAUAUACAAAUGUCAUGGAUAAAUUAGAACCAGUUCUUUUUGAAAAAUUCGAUGAUGAUAAUGUUGUAGUAGCUGUUGUUAAAGCUGAUAAAGAAAAUAAAGUUCAUGAAUUACCAUUAGAUUUCAAAGAAUCAGAUCUUCGUGAAGUGCAUGGAGCUUUGUAUCUUAAUCAUUAUCGUCAUAAUGGUGUUUGUAAAAAAGUUAAACCAGCACCUGGGGUUGAUACAAUUAAAAUUGUUAGAUAUCACGAUGUUAAAGAUAAAAAUGAUAAAAAAUUGGUAUGUGUUGAAAAUGAUAAAGUUGUUGUUAAGCCAAUGGAUGAAUAUAUGAAAUGUCAUGUUGAAGCAAAUAUUCCAAAUGCAGUUAUGGUUAAAAAAGGUUCUGAUAAAAAAGAUGUUGUUGUAAAAAUGAUGAAAGAAGUUUCUGAAAAACAAUAUGAUGAUUUUAAAUUAUUUGGAGUAUUCAUGAAUAAAUAUCAUGAUCUUAUUUUCAGUGAUGAAGCUAAGAAAUUCGUUAAGGAACAUCCAGCACCAAAUGGUGUAACAGUUGAUAAAUUUGUUGAUUUACAUUGUGGUGAUGUUGAUGAACAUCAUAAUCAUUAAGAACAUCCAAUAAAACAGUCCAUUGAAUUUAAGAGAAAAAAAAAAAUAAAAACUUACGUAAAUUAUAAUUAAAAAA